UCUGUAUUUACUGUCAAUGGCUUUCGGGACUUAUUUUAUUUGAAUGUCUGGGCAAUAUAAGUGACCAAUAAUGGAUAUUCUAUGGAUAUUAUGGACCAUACCGGCCGUAAUAGCUGUUGAAGAGACGCUCAUGGACUCAACUACAGCCACAGCAGAGCUCGGCUGGACGGUCUACCCCGUGUCAGGGUCCAGUGACAACAGCUGGGAGGAGGUGAGCGGUUAUGAUGAAAACAUGAACACCAUUCGGACGUACCAGGUCUGCAAUGUUUUUGACAACAACCAGAACAACUGGGUACGGACAAAGUACAUCCGGCGCCGUGGUGCUCAGAGGAUCCACGUGGAAAUGAAGUUCUCAGUGAGGGACUGCAGUAGUAUUCCUAACGUGCCAGGCUCCUGUAAAGAGACGUUUAACCUUUAUUACUAUGAAUCUGAUGCCGACACGGCCACAAGGAACUCACCAGCUUGGAUGGAGAACCCGUGGAUCAAAGUGGACACCAUCGCUGCUGAUGAAAGCUUCUCUCAGGUGGACCUCGGAGGCAGGGUGAUGAAAAUCAACACUGAGGUUCGAAGCUUUGGCCCGGUGUCACGAAACGGCUUCUACUUGGCCUUCCAGGACUACGGCGGCUGCAUGUCGCUUAUCGCCGUUCGUGUAUUCUACAGGAAGUGUGCUCGUAUCAUCACGAACGGGGCGCUGUUCCAGGAGACACUCUCAGGAGCAGAGAGCACCUCUCUGGUGGCAGCGAGAGGUGUUUGCAUCCCUAACGCAGAGGAGGUGGAUGUGCCUAUUAAGCUGUACUGCAAUGGAGACGGCGAAUGGAUGGUACCCAUCGGACGCUGCAUGUGCAAGGCCGGUUACGAGGCUGUGGAGAACGGGACUGUUUGCCGAGCUUGUCCCUCUGGCUUCUUCAAGCCAACACAAGGAGAUGAAGCCUGCAUGCAGUGUCCCAUCAACAGCCGCACCACCAGCGAGGGCGCCAUCAACUGUGUUUGCCGGAAUGGAUACUACCGCACUGACUCAGAUCCUCUCCAGAUGCCGUGCACAACCGUGCCUUCAGCUCCUCAGACCGUCAUCUCCAGCGUGAAUGAAACCUCUGUCAUGCUGGAGUGGAUGCCUCCCCGGGAUUCAGGUGGGCGCGAGGACGUGGUCUUCAAUAUCAUCUGUAAGAGCUGCGGCGGGGGCCGGGGAGGCUGCACCCGCUGUGGGGACAACGUUCAGUUUCAGCCCCGUCAGCUGGGCCUGACAGAAACCCGGGUCUACAUUAGCGACCUCCUGGCCCACACGCAGUACACGUUCGAGGUGCAGGCUGUCAACGGGGUGUCAGAUCAGAGCCCGUACUCCCCUCAGUACUCCUCAGUCAACAUUACCACUAACCAGGCUGCUCCAUCGACUGUUUCCAUAAUGCACCAGGUCAGCCGUACUGUGGACAGCAUCACGUUGUCCUGGUCCCAGCCCGACCAGCCUAAUGGAGUCAUCCUGGACUAUGAGCUGCAGUAUUAUGAGAAGGACCAGCCAGAAAUCAAUGCUACCACCAUCAGGAGCCAGACCAACACGGUGGUCAUCCGUGGCCUCAAACCCGGCAGCAUCUAUGUGUUCCAGGUCCGGGCCCGCACCGUCGCCGGGUUUGGACGCUACAGCGGCAAACUGUACUUCCAGACCAUGACUGAGGAGGAAUACAACACCAGCAUUCAGGAGAAGCUACCUCUCAUUAUUGGCUCGGCAGCUGCUGGCUUGGUCUUCCUCAUCGCUGUGGUCGUCAUCAUCAUCGUCUGUAACCGGAGGCGUGGCUUCGACAGGGCCGACUCCGAAUACACCGACAAACUGCAGCACUACACCAGCGGCCACAUGACUCCAGGAAUGAAGAUCUAUAUUGAUCCGUUCACAUAUGAGGACCCCAAUGAGGCAGUGAGGGAGUUCGCUAAGGAGAUUGAUAUAUCCUGUGUGAAGAUUGAGCAGGUCAUUGGUGCAGGAGAGUUUGGAGAGGUGUGCAGUGGUAACCUGAAGCUUCCUGGGAAAAGGGAGAUGUUUGUGGCCAUAAAAACUCUGAAGUCCGGCUACACAGAAAAGCAAAGACGGGACUUCCUCAGUGAGGCGAGCAUCAUGGGACAGUUUGACCAUCCUAAUGUCAUCCAUCUGGAGGGCGUGGUCACUAAGAGCAGCCCGGUCAUGAUCGUCACCGAGUUCAUGGAGAAUGGAUCUCUGGACUCCUUCCUCAGACAAAAUGACGGUCAGUUCACUGUGAUCCAGCUGGUCGGUAUGCUGCGUGGCAUCGCCUCAGGCAUGAAAUACCUGGCUGACAUGAACUACGUUCACCGUGACCUCGCUGCCCGAAACAUCUUGGUCAACAGCAACCUGGUGUGUAAGGUGUCCGACUUUGGGCUGUCACGGUUCCUGGAGGACGAUACGUCAGACCCCACAUACACCAGUGCUCUGGGAGGGAAGAUUCCUAUCCGAUGGACUGCUCCCGAGGCCAUCCAGUACAGGAAGUUCACCUCGGCUAGUGAUGUGUGGAGCUACGGGAUCGUCAUGUGGGAAGUCAUGUCCUACGGAGAGCGGCCGUACUGGGACAUGACCAAUCAGGAUGUCAUCAACGCCAUAGAGCAGGACUACCGGCUGCCCCCUCCCAUGGACUGUCCCAGCGCGCUUCACCAGCUCAUGCUGGACUGCUGGCAGAAGGACCGCAACAACCGGCCCAAGUUCAGCCAGAUCGUCAACAACCUGGACAAGAUGAUCCGCAAUCCCAACACGCUGAAGGCCAUGACCCCGCUGUCUUCAGGUGUUCACCUCCCCCUACUGGACCGCAGCAUCCCCGACUUCUCCAGCUUCAGCACCGUGGACGAGUGGCUGGAUGCAAUCAAGAUGGGCCAGUACAAAGACAACUUUGCUAAUGCUGACUUCUCUACAUUUGACGUGGUCUCCCAAAUGACCAUGGAUGACAUCCUGAGGGUGGGAGUGACGUUAGCGGGCCAUCAAAAGAAGAUCCUGAACAGCGUCCAGAUGAUGCGGGCACAGAUGAACCAGAUCACGUCUGUGGAGGUCUGACCCUCCGAGCAGAGCAGAGGGGGGGUUCAAAAAAAAAAAAAGGGGGCGGUUAGGGAUGCAGGGUUCUGGGUGUGGAGGAUGGAGUGGAUGUUUUUUUUCGCAGUUACAGUGUGUCUGGUCUUCCCUCCAGACUACCAUUCAUCCCACGUUCCCCCUCCCCACCUCCCUCUCUCCUCCUCUUGUCCCUUCACCCUGACUCUCCCUCCAUCCUCUGGAUCAGCUGUGAGGAAGCAGAAGUCCGUAUGAUGGGAUACCACAGCCGACCCACCUCUGGAGCUAGAAACACGGGAGGUUAGAAGUGACCAGCAACACAUUCUUCAAUCUUCCACCAAUUUUUCAUUUAAUGUUGGACUUUUUAUUUUUAUUUUUGGUUUGUUUGUUCUGAUAAUUUUGUAAAGAAUUUUCUAAAGACGUAAAAAAAGAAAAACUGAGAAAAGGCAAGGAGUUUAUCUAAAUUUAUAGAUGAUUAUAAGGUUGUAAACUAGACGGACUGAGCAGGAAAGCUACCCUUUAAAAGGGCGACAAAAAAGAAACAAGGAAGAGAAGGCCAUCCUCGACACGUCGUGGAUAUCGUCUCUACUGGACGUGCAGAGGAAACACAGAGUGCAGAGGAAACCGAAGGACAGGACAUGCACUCCAAUCUGAAAGAAAAUAAAUUUAAAAACCAUUAAAUGGACUUUUUUGGCAUAGACUGAUGUCAAAAACAUUUAGAGUGACAAUUCUCACAGUGAAAUCCAGAAAAUUUUUCAUCAUUGCAAGCAAUUUUCUAUAUUGUGUGAAUUUUUGUGAUGAAAAUUCCGUCUCACCAUGCUUCCUCUCACUUUGGACAAGUUUGUUUUUAAUUUUUCCUUUCCACCAUCACAUCUUGCCAAGUAGAAAUCUUCCUGUUUUACACCCAGAUCAUGAUCCUGUACUGUACAUAUCAGACGCAGCUGACCUGCCACAGUGCAAAGACUCCAAGCAGUUUUCAAUCAAGAGAAGAAGAAGAAGUGAUGACAGGGAGGAUGAAGUUGCUGUUACCUUUAGUUUCUUUACUUAUUUUGUGAAAACAAACUUAUGUGGAAAAAAAAACAACCUUCUCCAUAGACUGACACCAAAAGAAACAGGUUCUACUGUUUACAUCAACAUUCAUCCGGUACGUCCUCAUCCUCCUUCAUGUUGUGCACAUGCUGCACGUGCACGGAGAGCAGCAGUGGCUCCCGAAGCAUCGGGACGUGUGUUUGUUAGCAUGCCGAGUGAGUGCUUAAUUUCACAGUGCUUUGAUUUGCUGCAAUUACUGCGACUCUGUUUGGUGAGAGCUUGGAUUUGACACACUUUACCGAGUAUAAUGUGGCUGCAUUAUAUUCACCCUUUCUUCUUCUUCCAGCUUUUUUCUUUUUGAAGAUUUUAUGUUGAAAGUAUUGAAGUUUUGAUACCACACACUUACACAGUCACACAUAGACUCUACAAUCAGGCAUUUGUUCAUGAAAAAAGAAUGCAAUGUGUUAUAUUUUAGCAAUUUCUGUAUGGAUGUUAUUGAAAUCUUAUUGUUACCACUUUUAUUUUUUUUUCUGCACUGAGUCAAAUGUUUGACUCCAAAAGACCCUCUGGAUCUUCCAUCAAUGCUUAGAAAUUUAUUUGACAACAUGAUACAUGUUGGUGCAUAAAACCAUGUAGAUAAACCAAUCAGGUUUAGUUUAAUUUAGCAGACAGUAAAUGCUUUUAUUGUCUGGAUUUCUGUAAACAAGAUCUGUCCUUCAGUCAGUACGUUUACAUGCACAGUUAAGUCGAGCUAUGCUAACAGCUCAAUUAGUAUUUUAACUGGACUACUGUCCAUAUCCCACUGUACAAAUGUUUUAUUGACAGAGGAAUGUCUAACUCUGAUAAGUGGUGCUAAGCUUCUUUCAGUGAGUCACCAUUGGACCUAUUCCUGGUUGGUGUUGCUGCAAAGUUAGCAAGCCGCUAACCAUUUGUACUGCAAGUUUCUCCAUCCAUUGCUCAGUCCCAGUAGAAAGUAUUUUUUAUUUGGAACUCAGCUUCUAUAUUUGUGCAAGGCAAACAGCUUCAUCUGGCAUGAUUUCUUCCAUGUAACAAGCUAUUUUCAACUUUAUAGUCUCAAAAAAUCAAAGUUUUGUUCUUGUAAAGUUACAACUUCUUAAAUGCAGUAAUUCUAGGUUUAAUUUCUUAUGAGCGUAUGACUUUAUUUUCUCAAAAGUUGGAUUUUUUUUUAAAAAUACAGAUCCUUUUUAUUUAUGAUUUCUUAAAAUAGAUUUUUAGAGUGGCCCUAAUAUGCCUUUGUACUUUACCCUGCUUGUUGUGCAUUGCAAGUGGCUGCUCAAUGUUCAGGUUGUGCUGGAAUACAAUAUGACUCAGACCAGACCAGUGGGGAUUAGUCCCACUUUUUAACUGCUUUUCUCCCUUGUUAAGUCAUAACUGUGCAUUUGAGGAAAACUGGGAGUAUGCUGUUAAAAAAGUAAACCUCAUAGAGUGCCAGUCUGAUUGAAAAAUGCCCAGAGUGAGUACUAGUAGCAUGUGGAGAAAGUUAGAAUUUUAGAUUUUAAACAUUUUUGAUAGUUAUGAUUCCAGGUCAGUGUGUUGUUUUCUGCUGAAUAGGCCAAGUUUAUGAUCCAGAUGCUAAUGAUAGUGCGUUGAUUCUGGCUAAAAUCAUAUCACAGUAAAUCACAGUAAAUGCUACACUUUCAGAGUCUCAACCGCAGUACUUGUGUGAAGCAUACAGCUUCAUUUUGUAUAAUUUUCUAUCAUGCAAUAGGCUAUUUUUAACUUAAUAAUCCCAGAAUUUCAAAGUUGUGGUUCUUGCAUCUCACAACUUUUUAAACUUAAGACUUCUUUGUGUAGUGUCACGUAAAUUUCUGACUUUACUAUCUCAACCACAUCCUCUUAAUAUUUUUAAUAUUCAGAGUGUCCCUAAUACGCCAUGGUAAUGAUGCGACCAAUGUGCCAGUAAAGGGCUAAGGCGUACAGCAUCAUAACCAUCCACUGUCAGACAGUGUACUGAAACCGCAGUAUUAAAAAUUCUCCCAGGUCAAUGUGCUUUGCAAGUAGCUGAAAUGCUGCUCAUGAUGCGGUGGAAUACAUUAGGACAAAGACCAGUUAUGCGUCAUUAGCGCCACUUUUUAACCGCUUUUCUCCUUUGUUAAGUCAUAACUAAAAGAAAAGGAGGAGUACUAUGUUACAUAAAUAAACUUUGUUGAGUGCAGGGUUUAGUAAAACUCUCCUCUGUCCGGUCAAGUGGCAGGCCGAGGAGGGCAAGAAUACUCCAUGGCUGUUUGCCUCACAACGAUUAACACAGGUGUAGAGCUCAACUACCGUAUUGUAGCUAGUAUAUGUGCAAACUCCAAACAAGUAGAGUGACACAACUGCAAAGAAACUGCACGGUGUGGACUUGUGGACUGGAAAUCAACACACAGUGUAACCCCUUUUAACCUUUGGAAAAUAGACAGAUUGAAGCUUAUGUACAGGGAUGCCUAUAUUCUGGAUAUUACAGUACCUACAUUUUCCAGACCAUUUGUAGGCCAUUCUGGGAUAUUUCCCAUGGAGUUUGCUCUGGAAAAUCUCAAUUUAAAGGUCAUCUUAUUCCUUUAAUCCAGCAAGAAUCAGGGAACCCUACUCUAGUACAUGAAUGCACAAAACAUAGGGACAGGGCCAGGUAGCAGGGGUGAUAUGGGACUGAACCUACAUAAUAUUUUAGCUUGCCUCUUUGCACGUUUUAUGUUUUAAGCAGCAUCCACUUGGGACAACGGACAGAGAUUAGCCAUCAGCUAAAGUGUGGGGUAUCUACACUGUCUAGUCUUGCACUAGUAUCAUUCAUUAAUGCACUGUUCCUCUACAAAUGAACAUUAUUAGUAUUGUUUUUUCUGACUGCAUGUAAGCGUACUGACUGUUGGUGUGCUGGUGGGUAUGCAGGUGUAAUGGUUGUGGGGGGAAACAUGGUGUUUGUAGCAUUGCAGUGAUUCCCUGGAGAUGGUGGGUUUAUGUACACAGGCGUUAAAUGAUACCAGCAGAGCAGAGCACCCAGACCUGACAGGCAGACACGGACGUCCAGCUGUGAGCCAUGGCUAAGAUGUGUCCGGUCACAGCGGGGCGGCUGCACCCCCGAUCACAGCCGCUCUGUCCGGGCCGCCGCCUUCCUCUCUCUCCCCUUGAUCACAAACACACAUGCCUGUCCGGCACCUGUCUGCCGCUCUCACUGAUCUCACCACUGUCGGACUGCUGCAGUUGUCUGCCUUCGUCUCGGCGAGUUUCAAAGCAUCAGCAGCAGCAGCAGCAGGCGAGCUGACACUCAUCGCUGCAGCAGUUGUGUCUUGUCUUGGAGAGGAUUCCUCCAGACCGGACAAUGCUGAGCCAAAUCCUCACAGUUUCUGUGGCUAAAAAGAGUCAGUUCCAGCCUACUUUCAUUAUCCCUUCCUGUCCAGAGAAUUCAAAGCCAGAGAUGGAGAGAUUUUUCUUCUUUUUCUGCUCCAUAAUCCCUCCUUGGUUAUUUUCAUCUGCACUGACACAUCAGAAAGAAUUUUUAUAACGUAUGAGGCUUGAAUCGUGAGCUGUUAGUCAUCGCUGAGAGACGAACGAGGAGCGACUCUGUGACCUAAAUGCCGCUGAUGCCAACGCGCAGUUUGCUUUUUCAACUAAGCUCUUCACUGUCUUCCCUUUUCCAUUUCUUAAUACUUAACAGCUCAUCAGUUUUAUGUCUUAUGUGAGGCUGAGGCUGUACCUCUCGUCACGGCGCUGGGAAUACUCCUUCGUCAGGAAAAACACUUAAAGAAAUUAAUCUAAAGUAUACACAGGGAAGGUGGGUUUCUGCUCCGGCCCCAUUAAAGCUCGUUCAGAUGCUUGUCCACGGGCGCUGCCAAGACUUUGAGUUAUUAAUCGGGCAGUUAUCCUUGAACUCAGAUACAAGGAAGUACCUAAAACUGGGUGGGCGGACACUCUUAGAAGUUGAUUUUUUGUGCUCUCAUGCAGUGAGGAGAUUCUUUUUUUUUAGUUUGUUGUUUUUUUUUUAUUUCUUUUGAAGGCGUUUUUGAUCGAAUCUGGAGGGUUUGAAGCACUGCAUGAAGUAUUUAUUUAUCUCAUGGAGGCAUAUUGAAGUUGAAGCCAAGCGGUUACAACAAGAGAAGAAUUUGACGCACUUAUGUCAAGUGGUUCUGACUCACUUUAGAACAAAAGACAGGCUGCUCUCUGUACACUGAAGCCAAGCCUGGAAAAAGAGCCCUGUUGUCGAAAUACAUGACAGUAGAAAAAUGUAUAGAAUUCAAGUUAAUUAUUCAUCAGCUUUUAAUGUUGGGAAGAUAUGCAGUAAAUAUUCUUUUAUCAGCCUGGAAAUUUAAGUUUAAGUGAAAGAUCGGAUCGUCAGUAUUUGGUAAACUGCUUUUAAGAGAGAUCACAUGUAGCUGACAGUGCAUUUGUAUUUGAAUGUUUCACCGCUACAGUUGUUUUACAGAUGACCAAUGUUUAACUCUGCAGCCUAUUAACACAAAUGACUUUUACAGCUCUUUAUUAUACAAAGAAUAGUGGAGUUUCCAUCCACCAGUUUUUAGUAUAUUCAGAUAUGACUUUAAAAAAGUGCUUGGAAAAGCAGUUAAAUUGGAAAAAUGGACUCAAAAUCACCCAAAAAAAAAGUUUUUAAACUCGGAGUAGGUGGAAAAGUUGGUCCAUCAAUUACAGCAGGGGUGUCCUAACUUUUUACACUGAAGGCCAGAUACAGAAAAAUGCUCAAGACGACUAGGCUGCUUUGCUAUGCUUCACCUUUUGUGUAUUAAAACUGGUAAAAACAAUCCAGUUUAGGUUAACAUUUGCUAAGUGACUUAAUAUGUAUAUAGCUUUCAUCAGAGCUUUCGAUUAAUGGCGGACAAGGCAAAUAGCCAAUCAUUGCAAAGGAUUUUAGGGUGGCCUGUCAGAUUUAAGGGGAGGUCCCUGUCAGUCCUGGCUCCACCCCUAUAGUGAAUGACGCUCCAUGCAGCAUGGAGGGAAUCUGCUAAGCAGGCCUUGAGAUGGAGCAGACAGCAGAGUAAAUAAGCAUCAAUCGUGUUUUUUGCUUUGAUAAUCCUUUCGUCCUUUCUCUUCAGGGAGUUAAAAAUUGUGAUACUGUUAUUUUGGUUGUCAAUUUGUCACAAUUAUGUUGUUAUAAAAAAAAAGCACAUCAACCAGACUUAUCAGAAUGUUUUUUAAAGAACUAACAUGGCAGCACAACAGUGAUCAUGCACUCCAUAUACUAACCUAGGCCAUAUUUUUUCAUUCUUUGUUCUAAAAAAAAUAUUAUUUUGUGGCCUUUGCCGUCAGUAGAUAAGGCAGGAAAGUGAGUGAAGACAUGAACCUUGACUGGAAGUUGAUCUAGCAACCAGUGCAUCGAGGACCAUAGCCUCAGUAAAUUGGGGGCCUGCUCCACCAACUAACACAGGCCACUUUUAAUAUUAUUAUCUUCAGACUUUGUUUUUAGACUACAGGCUAUAUUUUGUCUAUAGAUUGGACAUUUCUGGAUUAAAGGAAAGUUUGCCUUUUUGCAUUAGAAACACAUUUGCUAAAUAAUAAAUGAUAUCUCUGGAUUAAUAUUCUUAAUAAAGCAGGUGUUCCUAGACGUCUUUAGGUACACAUAGGUUAAGAAUAAGUUGAUCAAACGUCUCAGUUUCCACAACUUAAACCCUCCUUCCUAAUGUUUCUCUUCUCACUGGCCUCCCAAGAUUCUUCCUCCUACUAGUUUUCUUCCUAAGAUGCACGAUUUUGGAUUUUUGCCAAUGCAAUAUCCAUCCAUCCAUUUUCUAUGCCGCUUAUCCCAUUGGGGUCACGGGGGCGCUGGAGCCUAUCCCAGCUGUCAUUGGGUGAA